UUGAAGAUGGCGUAGAGGGUAGGUAGAGGGAGGAAUGACGUCAUAGUUGAGGGUUGCCCGGGCAACGGGGAAGCGGUUCGCGUCGGGACACCGUCGUGCGUCGCCACCGCCGCCGCGACGUAAAAAUCAAUUUGGACCUUGGCUAGGUGACCGUUCGCUCGGCGCUGCGUCGCGGCUGCUCCGGUGGCUCGAGCCUCGAGAGCACCACGCUUCCCUUCCGGAGCUGCCGGUUACCUCGCCACCGAGCGAGCGAGGGAACGAACGAACGAACGAACGAACGAGUGAGCGAGCUAGCUAGCUGGAUAGAUAGCUAGGCGACCGACCGACCGACCGACCGACCGACCGACCGACCGACCGACCGACCGCCUGACCGAUACCGCACCGCGAGCAGCAGCUCAGUCGCGAGUCGUCAACCGAGCGGGUACGCCAGACGGUAGAGAACGCGUCUGCCAGGCGAGCGUGUUCGCUGACGCGCACCCUUCCAUUCGUCGCACGCGGCCGACCAGCCGCACACACACACGCACACACACGCAUACACAUAUACGCAUACACACAUACACACAUAGACACACACAUUCUCUCUCUCUCCUCCCCCCCUCUCUCCCUCUCUUCUCGAUACUUUUCGAUACGUUUUCCUACGCAUUCACAAGGAGGACAAUGAUCCACGAGGAGGAGGAGGAGGUUUCACGGUGUCACGGUGACGAGCAUCGGUGAAGUCAUCGGUGAAGCCAACGUUUUUUUUUCCUCCCUCGGAUCGUGCGAGAACGUGGUGAACCGAUCGAGUUUUUGUGCGCAAGGACGCGAAAUGAAACGACGCGAGGGGACGACGCGUAGCACAACAAGGGAGUUGGAGCAACUGUGCUGCGUGGAACGCUUGUAAACACACGGAGGAGAGAGAGAAGGUUCUCGGGGCCGGAUUGUUCCGGUCGAACGAGGAGGGUCGCGGGAGCGCCGGCUUCCUGAUCUUCCUCCCAUUCGUAAAUUGUUGGCAGAGGUGAGGUGUCGAUCGGAGAGGAUAUCGCGGGCGAAAGAGAGGAUCAAAGGUUCGAGGGGAGAAGCGAGUCGUGAAUUUUCAUCGAAGGAUAAUUAGUGGAUUUGUUGGACGAGUCGAGGAGGCAAGCUUCUCCAAGCUUUCCGGUUUUUUCCGUUCGAUCGAGUCAUGGAACGGGGUUCGUGAGAAGAUCGACGGAUCGAUCGAUCAAUCCAAAUGUGGCGAUUGAUGAAAUGACGGCUGGAUGUCGAACGAUGGAACGUUAAAUCGAAAGGCUGUGCUCUCUGUUCAGAGUUGUGGUGUCACGAGGAACGAGUCCACGGUGUGACGCAUGCGACGUGCCGUCUAUCGCGAGAGCUGUGCGUCGUGGAAAACAUCUGCGCGACCGGUGAAGCUUUUAACUCGUGUGCCUCCCCGCUCUCUGACGUCGUGUUACGUCGACGAACGGAAUCAGCGUGGUCCUUGCGUGCUGUGUGAUCCGCGACAGGCCUCGAGCGAGUAAAAAAAGCUUGCGCGUGCCAAGAACGAUACAGGCUGAAUCAGCACCACGGCCACUCACUGCUCGUUCAACGUUUCGCGGACGAUGCUCGCGAGCCACGUCGAAGAGGAAACCGCGAAAAUAUAUUUCGACCUCUCGUUCCUUGAACGUUGAAACUCUCGUUCGUCGAACGUUCGUCGUUGAAAAUAUUCUCCUCUUGAAUCCGAUCGAAAACCAUAGCGAAACGUUCGUUCUUGGCGAGACGAAACUCUUGGCGAAAAAGGAGAGACGAAAGUAGUAGCAACAGCAGCACCACCACCACCAUCACCACCAGCUUCGUUCUCUUCCGGGAAAAGAAGAAAACGACAACGACUCGGAUCGACAAGGAUUGAUCAACGAAGAGGAUAGUAUACAACGGCGAUUUAUCUUAGGAAAGGAUCGAUCACGCGAGCAAAUCCGACAGAAUUCCGUGUCGCGAAAAAAUAGCCGUGAAUAAAUCGAAAUAUCAUCGGGAUUCGUGGAUCGCCGCGUGAUUCGUUCGAAAAAAAUGAGUACGCGGCUGUGCCUCGAUACCAGUUGUUGCGAGUGAAUGGAAAGGAUCGGUCUCUUUCUAUUAUAUUCCUCGACGAUGUAGCAGGAUCGUGCAUCUCGACGAUUCUCGAGGAUACUCUUUGGUUGGCGUAGGCCAGUUGCCCGACUCGACACGGUUGCAACACGGUUGGACAGAGAGGGAGACAAGAGGAGGAAGAAGAGGAGGAAGAACAGGUGGAAGAUCUCGAAGCUCGAUCUCGAUCGAGUGUUUGAUCGUGAGAGGCAGGAAGAAGAGAGGGGGAGGAAGAGAGAGAGAGAGAGAGAGAGAGAGAGAGAGAGAGAGACGAGGUACGAGGAAACGUAUCGAUGAUGGUGAAGGGCAAGCUGCCAGAAGACGAUUGGUUGCCGUGGUGCUCGCGACUCAUUGCUAGGGGCUGUUGCCGUUAUUGCUAAUAUCGCGAGUCAAGUGGCAAUAAGUAAACAAUAGCUUAAAAAAGCGAAGGAAUGCCGUGGUACGAUGACGGAGUUGGUGGUCGUCGACGAUCUUAGGAUCGCGGUGUCGUUGCCGACGUCGUCGUGGUCGUCGUCGGCGUCGUGGUCGUCGUGGUCGUCGCGGUCGACGCGUAGCUGGUGGGAACGCUGUUGCACGACCAGCUAAUACAGACGGACCAGAUCGUUCGAAUGGCGACGGGUCUCGAGCGGAGACCGCUACGAGAUUGUCGAGGACAUUUUUAACGAUCGAACGAUCCGUAGAACGAGAAACGGCAUUUCGGGGGAGGGAUUUCCCUAUUCGUCGAGAAAGAACAGCCGGCAACAGCCGCCUCUCCUUCGGGGAUACCCCCAGGCACCUCGAGUUUUAGCCGGAUUACUGGUUCCUCGAGGCGUCGAAUAAACGGAGCUCGCGCGGGUGAGUCGAACAACAUCGAGAACAAAAGGGGGCAAAACGCGUGAAUGCGUGAUCGAGGUGAGGUAGAGCGCGAACAGGAGGAAGAUCGCACACAUCGAUCGAUACGACAGUGAUCGAAGAACGUAACUCGUAUAUCGUAUCGAUUGUUGGAUUGGAACGACGACGAUGAAUGGAAGAGACUGAAGAACAUUGAGAAAGGUACGGGGAAGAAAGGAAGGUAAUAGGAGCGAAGUAGUAGUAAUAAUAAUAACAAUAAUAACAAUAAUAAUAAUAAUAAUAAUAAUAAUAACAAGAGAAAAUAGGAGAGAGGAAGGAGAGUAGAAAAAUUUAGGGAAGGAAGAAAACUAUUCCACCUUCGAGCAUGGCCUCGGUGGCAGCAUGGCUGCCAUUCGCUCGUGCGGCGGCGAUUGGUUGGGUGCCGAUCGCUACACAUCCACUGCCACCGCCGCCGAUCCCCAAGGAUCGUCGCAAGGCCGACGACGAGAAAUUAUUGAUAAACGUGAGCGGCCGUCGCUUCGAGACUUGGCGGAACACCCUCGAGAAGUAUCCGGACACUCUUCUCGGCUCGAACGAGCGCGAGUUCUUUUACGACGAGGAGAGCAAAGAGUACUUCUUCGACCGUGAUCCAGACAUAUUCCGCCACAUAUUGAACUAUUAUAGAACCGGCAAGCUUCAUUAUCCGAAGCACGAAUGCCUGACAAGCUACGACGAGGAGUUGGCGUUCUUCGGUAUAUUGCCGGACGUGAUCGGCGAUUGCUGUUACGAGGAUUAUCGGGACCGGAAACGGGAGAACGCGGAGCGUUUGAUGGACGACAAGCUGAGCGAGAACGGGGAUCAAACUCUUCAGCAGUUGCCGGACAUCAGGCAAAAGAUGUGGAGGGCAUUCCAGAAUCCACACAUCUCGACGGCGGCUUUGGUAUUUUAUUAUGUAACAGGAUUCUUCAUCGCCGUGAGCGUGUUGGCGAACGUGGUCGAGACCGUGCCGUGCGGUAAUCGUCCGGGACGCGCCGGCACGCUUUCAUGCGGCGAGCGUUACAAGAUCGUAUUCUUCUGCCUGGACACCGCGUGCGUUAUGAUAUUCACCGCGGAAUAUCUGUUGAGGCUGUUCGCGGCUCCGAGCCGGUGCAAGUUCGCGCGAUCCGUCAUGUCCAUCAUAGACGUGGUCGCAAUCCUCCCGUACUACAUCGGUCUCGGUAUCACCGACAACGACGACGUAUCCGGUGCAUUCGUUACGUUGCGCGUCUUCCGUGUGUUCCGGAUCUUCAAGUUCUCGAGGCACUCGCAGGGGCUCAGGAUCCUCGGUUACACGUUGAAAUCGUGCGCCUCGGAGCUCGGUUUCCUCGUCUUCUCCCUCGCCAUGGCGAUCAUCAUAUUCGCCACCGUGAUGUUCUACGCUGAGAAGAACGUCGAUGGGACGAACUUCACCUCGAUACCUGCCGCGUUCUGGUACACGAUCGUCACUAUGACUACGUUAGGGUGAGU